GCGGAGCAGCCGCCGCCGUGGUCCCAUCGCAGCCGCCCACGGGGCGCUCGGGAAAUCCCGUGGCUGGCGGCACCGUGGGGAUCGCAGUGCCGGGGUCAGUGGCUAGCGCAGGUUUUUGAAAUGGAGGAAACUGGAGCAAUAGAUUUUUGUGCUUUAGAGAGAGAACUGCAGGCUGCAGUUGCUGCUGAUGAAAAGUAUCAAAGAGAAAAUGAUGCCAAGUUCCGAGCCGUUCAUCAGAAGGUGGCAUCCUAUGAAGAAUUCAGGGAUAUUGUGCUGGCAUCACACCUGAAACCGCUAGAGAAAAAGGACAAAAUGGGAAAAAAGAAAAACCUUCUGUGGAAUUCCUAUGCUACCCAAGCUAACGGCAAGCAGGACAGAGAGAUGGAGCUAGCCCAGGGAUGGGAUGGACUCCCUGAAACGUCUGCAGACUUUUACAGAUAUUGGCGCAGAUGCUUGAAAAGUGGACAGGAAAAAUACCAGUUACUGUUUCAGCUCGGCGGCAAGGGCCUGGGCAGAAUCUUUCAAGCUGAUGUUGGCUUUGGUCUCCUGGGUGAAUUUCUUGUGGUGUUGGCCGAGCAUUCCUGUAGGGAAGACAGAGAAGCUGUCCUUCAGAUAUUACAGAGCCUUUGUGGGACCAAGCGCUUUGGACUAAAUGUGGCUCUCCUGAGCCAGGUGGAGAAGGAUAGCUGCAGGGACUUGUUUGGGAAACUGCAGAGUAUGGGCAGGAAUUGUGGUGCUGAUGGCCUUCCUGAGGGCACAGCUGAAGCAGGUACAGCUGCUUUACAGGAAGAGGAGAAUGAGGCUGAGAGAGAAACCCAUCUGAGGGGAGCUGGCCAGCGAAAGGAGGCAGAUGACAAACUAAUUAAAGAGCUGGUGAAAUGUUACCUUGUUAGCUGAAGGAGCACAGGCUUUCCCUGCAGCUCACACUCCACCAGGGUUACUAGGAACUGAGGGCCAGGAGGGACCCUUCCUGUACUGCUCUGUCAUCAAAGAUGGAGGGACAGUGAGAGCCCCUUUUCUACAGAAAGUUGUUGAUUGAGUUUUACUUUGUACCUGCUUCACCUGCCUGGUACAAAUAAAUAUUAGUCACCAAAAGGAUUUUACUGGGGGAGGGGCCGUCACACAGGAGGCAACACUUGCUGUGAAUCAGUAGAACAGUAUUGAAUAUACUGUUUAGGGAUGGGGAAAAAAUCACUCUAGUAUUAGUGGGAAAAGAUUAAUUCACCUCUUUUCUUUUCUCUGGCUCCCUGUUCUUGGUCAACCCGGGAUUUUAGAAACAUAAGCAGCUGUAUUAUAAUAGUGAAACAGGUAACAGCCCAAUGAGGAAUGGGUUCAUGUGUACAGCCAUGAUCUGACCCCCUCCUUAAACAGAAUCUGGGAUAAAUACAUGGAAUGUACAUUGCUAAUUUCCACAGUCAUACUCCUGGGGGCAUGCUGGGGGCAAAAAAUUAAAAAUUCUGCAC